AUGUCAGGCCGCCCGCCAGGAAAGCCGGACCUGUCCGGGUACUCGUACGGUGCCAUCUCGUCGCUCGUGCUGACGGCCGACCGGUCCGCGCUGCCGCGACGCGACCGCGAGCCCGACGGCGCGCCGACGUCCUUAGUAGGCCGGAUCCAGCCGGGCGAGAUGGGGUCGCGCGUCAAACGCGAAGCACCGGCGGACAUGGCGAAGAAGAAGAAGCGCGCGGCCGAGGACGGGCAGCCGCGGGCGUCGGCGAGCAGCAAGCGGCGCGACGCGGCGGGGUUCGGGUUCGCGGAUAUAUUGGAGAGCACGGCGGACGUCGAGGGGCUGACGUACCGGCCGCGGACUGCGGAGACGCGGGAGGUGUACGAGCUGAUGCUGGGCGCGGUGCACCGGUCGCUGGGGGACCAGGCCGCGGACGUGGUGCGGAGCGCGGCGGACAUGGUCCUCGAGGCCCUCAAGGACGAGUCCAUGAAGGAUUUCGACAAGAAGAAGGCCGUCGAGGACGUCCUGGGCCCCGUCAAGGCCGAGGACUUUGCGCAGCUUAUUGGUUUGUCGAAGAAGAUCACCGACUAUGGCGCGGAGGACGAGGCGGCGGCGGACCCGGACGCCGAGCGGCGGGACGGCGAGAUUGACGACGAGAUGGGGGUGGCUGUUGUGUUUGACGAGGAGGAGGAGGAGAGCGAGGAGGAGGAGGGCUUCGAGGUCAGGGACGACGACUCGGACGAGGAGGACGGCGGCGAGCAGGACCAAGCAGAGCCCGGGCCGGCAGCCGAGGCCGAGGACGAGGACGUCCAUCUGGGCGGCGCGGGGGACGCGGGCGGGCGGGGUGCGAAGGACAAGGUGUCGCCCCGGAGCGUGGACGGCUUCUGGGUCCAGCGCCAGGUGGCGGAGAUCUACCCGGACCCGGUCACCGCCGCGGACAAGGCCGCCCAAGUGCUGGAGCUGCUCGGGUCUGAGAGCAGCCUGCGCGACUGCGAGAACGCGCUCAUGGAGUUAUUCGAUUAUUCGAGCCACGGCCUGAUCACGCGGCUGCUCAAGAACCGCGACGUCGUGGUGUGGUGCACCAAGCUCGCCCGCGCAGACGAGAACGAGCGCGUGAACGUCCAGGUCGCCAUGCGCGAGCGCUCCCUCGGCUGGAUCCUCCGCGACCUCGCAGGCGACGCCCCGUCCAAGUCCAAAGACGCAGCGGACGCCAUGGACGUGGACUCUGCGCCCGCGCCCGUGCCCACGACGGCGACGCUCGCGCCGGGCUCCGUCGUCCAGCCCAAGAAGACGGUCGACCUCGAGGCCAUGGCCUUCUCCCAGGGCGGCCACCUCAUGUCCAACAAGCGCGUCCAGCUCCCCGAGGGCUCCUUCAAGCGCUCCAGGAAGGGCUACGAGGAGGUGCACGUGCCCGCGCCGAAGAAGAGGGAGACGCCCGCGGGCGAUCUCGUGCCCAUUGCGUCGCUGCCGCAGUGGGCGCAGGCCGGGUUCCCGAGCAUCAAGUCGCUCAACCCGGUCCAGUCCAAGCUGUACCCUGUCGCGUUUGGCACGGACCACCCCAUCUUGCUUUGUGCUCCUACGGGUGCGGGAAAGACGAACGUCGCCAUGCUCACGAUCCUCAACGAGCUCGGCAAGCACCGCGACGAAGCGACAGGCACCUACGACCUCGACGCCUUCAAGAUCGUCUACGUCGCGCCCAUGAAAGCCCUCGUGCAAGAGAUGGUCGGCAACUUCUCGCAGCGCCUGUCCGUCUUCGGCAUCAAGGUCGGCGAGCUCACCGGCGACGCGCAGAUGACCAAGGAGCAGAUCGCGCAGACGCAGAUCAUCGUGACGACGCCGGAGAAGUGGGACGUCAUCACGAGGAAGUCGAGCGACACGAGCUACACGAAUCUGGUGCGGCUGCUGAUCAUCGACGAGAUUCAUCUGCUGCACGACGAGCGCGGGCCGGUGCUCGAGGCCAUCAUCGCGCGCACGAUACGAAGGAUGGAGCAGACGGGCGAUCUCGUCCGGCUUGUGGGAUUAUCGGCGACGUUACCGAACUACGAGGACGUCGCGACGCUCCUGCGCGUCGAGCCGAAAGUCGGCCUGUUCUACUUCGACGCCGCGUCGCGCCCGUGUCCCUUGCAGCAGCAGUUCGUCGGCGUCACCGAAAAAAAGGCGAUCAAGCGGUACCAGGUGAUGAACGAGGUGUGCUACGAGAAGGUGCUGGACCAGGCGGGCAAGAACCAGACGCUCGUGUUCGUGCACAGCCGGAAAGAGACGGCAAAGACCGCGCGCUUCCUCCGCGACCAGGCGAUAGAAAAGGAGACGAUAUCCCAGUUCGUGAAGCCCGAGAGCGCCGUGCGCGAGAUAUUGGCGGACGAGGCGAAGGGCGUGAAAGACGCGAACUUGAAAGAUUUGUUGCCGUUUGGAUUUGGGAUACACCACGCGGGGAUGACGCGCGAGGACCGCGCGCUCGUCGAGGAUCUGUUCGCGGACGGAAGCGUGCAGGUGCUCGUGUGCACCGCGACGCUCGCGUGGGGCGUGAACCUGCCCGCGCACACCGUCAUCAUCAAGGGCACGCAGAUCUACGACCCGUCCAAGGGCCGCUGGGCCGAGCUGUCCCCCCAAGACGUGCUGCAGAUGCUCGGACGCGCCGGGAGACCGCAGUACGACACGUACGGCGAGGGCAUCAUUAUCACGAACCAUGGGGAAUUGCAGUAUUAUUUGAGCUUGCUGAAUCAGCAAUUGCCCAUUGAGAGCCAGUUUGUGGGGCGCUUGGCGGAUAAUCUGAAUGCGGAGGUUGUGCUGGGGACGGUGAGGAAUCGGGACGAGGCGGUGCAGUGGUUGGGGUACACCUAUUUAUAUGUGAGGAUGCUCAAGAGCCCCGCGCUCUACUCCGUCGGCGCCGACUAUACAGAGGGCGACCCCGCCCUCAUCCAAAAGCGCGCCGACAUCAUCCACACCGCCGCCGCGCUCCUCGAAAAAGCGCACCUCCUCAAAUACGAGCGCGCCACCGGCCGGCUGCAAUCAACAGAGCUCGGCCGCAUCGCCUCGCACUACUACAUCACGCACCCGUCCAUGUCCGUCUACAACACGCACCUCCGGCCCACGAUGUCCCAACUGGAAUUGUUCCGCGUUUUUGCCUUAAGUGAGGAGUUCAAGUUGAUACCCGUUAGGCAGGAGGAGAAGGCGGAGCUGGGGCGGUUGAUUGAGCGCGUGCCGGUGCCGGUUAAGGAGGGCGUGGACGAUCGGGUCGCGAAGAUUAAUGUGCUGCUGCAGGCGUAUAUCUCGGGGCUGAAGCUCGAGGGGUUCGCGCUGGUGGCGGAUAUGGUGUUCGUGCAGCAGAGCGCGGGGCGGAUCCUGCGCGCGAUGUUCGAGAUCUGCCUGAAGCGCGGAUGGGCGGUCCCCGCGCGGGCCGCGCUCGAGAUGUGCAAGAUGGUCGAGCGGCGGAUGUGGAGCAGCAUGACGCCGCUCAGGCAGUUCAAGGGCUUGCAGCAGGACGUUAUCAGGAAGGCCGAGGGGAAGCAGUUCCCGUGGUACAGGUACUUUGAUCUGAGUCCGCCUGAGAUUGGGGAGUUGUUGGGGAUGCCGCAGGCGGGGAGGCUUGUGCAUAGGCUCGUGCAUGAGUUCCCGAAGCUCAUCCUCAACGCCCAAGUGCAACCCAUCACGCGCUCGCUCAUCCGCAUCGAGCUCUCCAUCCAGCCCGACUUCCGCUGGAACGAAAAGGUGCACUCCGGCGCGCAGACCUUCCACGUGCUCGUCGAGGACGUCGACGGCGAGAUCGUGCUCUUCGCCGACACCUUCGUCCUGCGGCAGCGCUACGCCGAGGACGAGCACACGCUGACCAUAACCGUGCCGAUGUUCGAGCCCGUCCCGCCGAACUACUACGUCUCCGUCGUCUCCAACACCUGGCUGAACUGCGAGUUCCGCCUGCCCAUAUCCUUCCAGGGCCUCAUCCUGCCCGAAAAGUUCCCGCCGCCGACGCCGCUGCUCGAGCUGCAGCCCUUACCGCUCAGCGCGCUGCACAACGCCGCGUUCGAGGCGGUUUAUCAGGAGAGGCUGAGCCAGUUCAAUAAGAUCCAGACGCAGGUGUUCCAGGCGCUGUACACGACGGACGAGAACGUGUUCGUGGGCGCGCCGACGGGGUCCGGUAAGACCGUGUGCGCGGAGUUCGCGCUGCUGAGGCUGUGGAGCAGGAAGGAGCAGCCGCGCGCGGUGUGCAUCGAGCCGUACGCGGAGAUGGUCGAGCAGCGCGUGAGCGAGUGGCGAGCCAAGUUUGGGAAAUUGCAGGGCGGGAAGGAGAUCGUCGCGCUCACGGGCGAGACGGCCGCGGAUUUAAGGUUGCUGGAGAAGGGCGACGUGGUCGUGUGCACGCCCGCGCAGUGGGACAUGUUAAGCCGGCGGUGGCGCCAGCGGAAGAACGUGCAGAACGUCGGGCUGCUCAUCGCGGACGAGGUGCAGCUCGUGGGCGGCGAUAUCGGGCCGACGUACGAGGUUGUACUCUCGAGAGCAAGGUACAUGGCCGCGCAGACGGAGGUCAAGACGCGCAUCGUCGCGUGCGGCGUGUCGCUCGCCAACGCGCGCGAUCUCGGCGAGUGGCUCGGCUGCCCCGCGCACGCGAUCUUCAACUUUGCGCCCGCGGCGCGCCCGCUCGACAUGGACAUCCACAUCCAGAGCUUCCAGAUCGCGCACUUCCCCAGCCUGAUGCUCGCGAUGUCCAAGCCGGCCUAUCUCGCCAUCGUCGAGCACGCGCCAAACAAGCCGGUGAUCGUGUUCGUGCCGAGCCGGCAGCAGGCGCGGCUGACGGCGCAGGAUCUGCUGCUGCAUGCGCACGCGGACGCGGAGGAGGAUCGGUUUUUGAAUGUGGAGGCGGAGGAGCUGAGGCCGCAUUUGGAGCAUGUGGGGGACCGGGUGCUUGUUGAGACGCUCGAGCAUGGGGUCGGGUUCUAUCAUGAGGCGCUGAGUAGGCAGGAUAAGAGGAUUGUGGAGAGGUUGUUUGAGAGCGGGGCUAUUCAGGUGCUCGUUGCGUCCAAGGAUACCGCGUGGAGUUUGCCUGUCGCCAGCUACAUGACGAUCAUCAUGGGCGUCCAGGCGUACGAGGGCAAGGAGCACCGAUACAUCGACUACCCCAUCGUCGACGUCCUCCAAAUGAUGGGCCGCGCCUGCCGCCCGCGCGAAGACGCGCGCAGCCGCUGCGUGCUCAUGUGCCAACAGACGCGCAAGGACUUCUACAAGAAGUUCAUCGCCGAGGGCCUCCCGCUCGAGUCGCACCUGCCGACGCACAUGAUGCACGACUACUUCCUCGCCGAGAUCGCGGUCAAGACGAUCGAGAACAAGCAGGACGCGAUGGAUAUCCUUACGUGGACGUACUUUUACCGGCGGAUGACGCAGAACCCGAAUUAUUAUAAUCUGAGCAGCGUCAGUCAUCAGGCGCUAUCGGAUCAUCUUUCGGAGCUUGUGGAGGAGACGAUCAACGAUCUCGUCAAUUCGAAGUGUAUUGCGCUCGAGGACGAGAUGGACGUGUCGCCGCUCAACCUCGGCAUGAUCGCGGCCUACUACAACAUCUCCUACGUGACCGUCGAAGUCUUCACGCUCUCGCUCAAAGCCACCACCAAGCUCAAAGGUCUUUUGGAGAUCGUCUCCUCGUCGUACGAGUUCGAGAGCAUCCCCAUCCGCCGCCACGAAGACUCGCUCCUGCGCCGCAUCUACGACCGCGUGCCCGUCAAGAUGGACGCGCCCGACUUCGAGAAGCCGUCAGUGAAGACGUUCGUGCUGCUGCAGGCGCACUUCUCGCGCCUCACGCUCCCGCCCGAUCUCGCGGCGGACCAGGCGUCGAUUCUCGAGCGCGUGAUGAACCUCCUCUCCGCCGCGGUGGACGUGAUGAGCUCCAACGCCUGGCUGAACGCGCUCGGCGCGAUGGACCUGAGCCAGAUGUGCGUGCAGGCGAUGUGGGAGAGCGACUCGCCGCUGCGCCAGGUCCCGCAUUUCGAGCCGGACGUCAUCAAGCGGUGUAAAGACGCGGGCGUCGAGAGCGUUUACGAUAUCAUGGACCUCGACGACGAGCCGCGCAACAGGCUGCUCGCGAUGGACGCGCGCCAGAUGCGCGACGUCGCGGCGUUCGUCAACUCGUAUCCGUCGCUUGAUGUGAACCACGAGCUCGUCAAGGGCGAGUACCGCGCGGGCGCGCCGAUCGUGCUGCAGGUCUCGCUUGGGCGCGGGGACGAGGACGAGGAGGAAGACGCGGACGCGGGCGUCGUCGUCGCGCCAUACUUCCCGGGCAAGAAGCUCGCGAACUGGUGGGUCGUGCUCGGGGAGCAGGGGACGAGGCAGCUGCACUCGAUCAAGCGCGUUACGGUGGCCAAGAGCACGAACGUCAAGCUCGAGUUUACGCUGCCGCAGGGCGAGCACGCGCUGAGGCUGUAUGUGAUUUGCGACUCGUAUGUGGGCGCGGACCAUGAUAUUGCGUUGGAGCCGAUUGAGGUGGGCGAGGGCGAGGAUAGUAGUGAUGAGGAGGAUAGCGAUAGUGCGAUGGAAGAGUGA